AUGGAGGUUUCAGUGUUGGUAGAAGAAAAAGGUGCUUCUUUGAUUUGCAUAAACAGAUUUCCACUGCAAACUGACGAAUUUUCAAGUUUAAAGAGCUUCUUGUUAGAUCGUCUGGAAGUCGGCGUGAGAGCGUACGAAUACCAAGCACCAUAUACUUAUAUGCACCUACAGGAUGAUUCGUUGGAUUUAUGUGUCGCUUUAGCGGACCAGUAUCUUGCAAAGAAAACCAUUGAUUUGACAUCUGUUCAAUUACUUGGCAUCGCAUGCCUUUUUAUAGCUUGCAAAUGCGAAGAAAUGAUCACGCCUACGGAAGAAAACUUAUGUAAAUACUUGCUUGACUUGAGCCUGAUAGACCUUCAUCAGUGUGCGUUCACCUCCUCAGAAAAAGCGGCAUCGGCGGUUUGUCUUGCCAGAAAGAUUUUACAUGCAGACGACAGUAACGCGUGGACUUCAGAACUACAACGCGUUUCUGGAUUUAGCGAAGCUGUCCUUAGCACAUGCGAAAAGUGGCUGACAAAGUUAAUAAUCAAACAAGCAGCAAAUAAACAGAAGCAAAAGGAGAAAGAAGCUAUACUUCCAACCAAUUACCUUGAUAAACAUGAGGGUAUGACCAAGACUGUUCGAGAGAUACUGGUUGAUUGGCUUUACUUGGCAUCGCAUGCCUUUUUAUAGCUUGCAAAUGCGAAGAAAUGAUCACGCCUACGAUGCAGGAUCUCUGUUACCUAACAAGCAAUACAUACACAACCACCCAACUUCGAGAGAUGGAGAUGGACGUUUUGGCGACUUUAAAUUUCUGCCUUUGUUUCCCGUCUGCUAAGAUCUUUUUAGUACGAUACCUCAAUAGUUCACAACAAUCAAGAAACGAAGAAAACUUAUGUAAAUACUUGCUUGACUUGAGCCUGAUAGACCUUCAUCAGUGUGCGUUCACCUCCUCAGAAAAAGCGGCAUCGGCGGUUUGUCUUGCCAGAAAGAUUUUACAUGCAGACGACAGUAACGCGUGGACUUCAGAACUACAACGCGUUUCUGGAUUCAGCGAAGCUGUCCUUAGCACAUGCGAAAAGUGGCUGACAAAGCUAAUAAUCAAACAAGCAGCAAAUAAACAGAAGGGUAUCAUAUGCAAGUACAAGAAAUUGCUGCAGGCUACAUCAUCUGAACUCCAGACCUGGAUACAGAUUCAUAGCUGACCCCAGUUCAAAGCCAUAUCUUAAUAUUCUUCAAAUUAACAUAUAUAGGUCUAACUGAACUCUAUUAUGUGUGGACUAUAUGUUAGGUUUAUUAGGUUUCAUUGAUAUUGCUGUAGGGCCUACUGAAUGAAAAUCCAAGCGAACUAGAUCCAUAAUUUAAAUGUUAUUUUUUUUCUUGUUAACUAAUUUAUAUUAAUUUUUUUUAAUUCAGCUUGAGGGAUUAAUGAAACGUGCCUUUUUAAUGCAUAAUAUUAUGUUCUCGUUUGUUACAAGGAUAUUAGUCUUGGUUACAAUUUCAUAAAUCUAGAGUGCAGUCACUACCUUGACCUUCGACCUUUAUCUCUAAGGUAAUAAAGGAUAAAGUGUACUACUCAUGAACACCGACUAGUCCUUUUUUCCAAAUUUAGAUAACAUUGUGCUCUCUGUUUAUAUAUUUUUAUUAACAUAUAUGUUAGAUAACAAGUUUAUUAUCCUCAAAAAAAAGUUCCAAAUAUGGAGACAACUGUAUUGCUGGUGUUCUUUAUUAGGUGGUGGUAGUCGUUGUGGUGUGCUGUAACGGAUAAAAAUGUAAACAGAACAAUUAAUGACCUGUCGAAGAAGAUAAUUGCUUAUUCACAUAAUAGUUAUGAUAGUAAAUAAAUAUUCAUAGAAAGAACAAUGAUUA